AUGGAUUUAGUGGAUCAAUUGCAUGAGACUUUAUGUCCUGUAAAGUUAGCAUAUGAUAUGCAAGAUAGAAUUGUCUCGAAGUUUGACAAAGAAGGCAUUUUUUCAACAAACUCUUUUGUGCAGGUGAUGCAUUCAGAAACAACCCCGGAAGAUAUUACCAGCUAUAGCUUUACAAGAACCAUAUGGCAAGGUUUGGUUCCACCACGAGUAGAGUUAUUUAUUUGGUUUGCGUUAAUAGGAAAAGUUAAUAGUAAAGAAAGACUGCAUAGGCUGGGUGUUAUUAGCCAUGGUGAUGACAUGUGCGUAUUGUGUAAGACAGAGGUUGAACAUGUUUACCACUUGUUCCCUGGUUGUAAGUUUACUUGGCAGGUGUGGUGUGGAUGGCUAUCCGACUUUAGGAGGCUCUUGUCUGUUCCGGACUCGCUGAAAGAACACUUUGAGACUUGGACAGAUAUUGUAAACAGGAAAGAGGACCGCAACAAGAGGCUCAUUUGCUUCUUUGCCGUUAUUUGGAAUGUUUGGUUAGAGAGAAACAGAUUGAUCUUUAGUAACAAGGAAGCAGGUGUAGAGGAGGUGUUCCAGAAUUCUUUGACCAGCUAUAGAGAGUGGAGUAGUUCGGAUCCCUUUGGUGGUUGA